GGCGCUCCCAGCGUGCCUCCGUUCGAAGCGGCCGGUGCGUCACGUCCGUUUUCCUUCGGCUGGGAGAAAAAGAUGAUUGCGCCGGUGGAGGUUUCCCCGCUGAUCAAGUUCUGCAGAUACUCAGCACUGCUGUUGGGAAUCAUUUAUGGAGCAAGAAGAUAUGCUUAUUUAAAGCCUAUUGCUGCGGAAGAUAGGAGAAUAGAAGCAGAGGAGAAAAAGAAACAGGAGGAACUGAAAAGAAUUGCAAAAGCAUUGGAAGAAGCUCAAGAAUCAAUACUGAAAUAAACCACCUUGGUGCUCACCUUUAUCUCCAAUGUUUGAAAUGUUGAAGUAGAUAAUUCUAAGUGUCUAAAACACAUUUAUUUACAUCAAUAAACAGACAUUCACAA